AUGGCCACGCUAGAGGAAUUAGAACAAGACGAGCUUCUCGACCAGGAGAUUGCCCUGCUGUCCACCCAAGACAUCGCCAACCGCACAAAACUCCUCCACAACGACAUUUCAGUCAUGUUCAGCGAAAGCCAAAGACUCAGCCAUGAAAAGGCCGUCAUGGCCGAACGCAUCAAGGAUAACCAGGAGAAAAUCAACAACAACAAACAGCUUCCAUAUUUGGUGGGCAACGUCGUGGAACUUUUGGAUCUCAAUGCCGAAAAGGAGGCGCUAGAACAAGGAGGCAACUUGGACGUGGACGCUGCCAGGCUGGGCAAACUGGCGGUGAUCAAGACCAGCACGCGGCAGACGAUUUUCUUGCCGCUCAUUGGGUUGGUGGAUCCGGCGAAUUUGAAGCCGAACGACUUGAUUGGCGUGAAUAAGGACUCGUACCUUAUUUUGGAUCUCUUGCCUUCUGAGUACGAUUCGAGGGUGAAGGCGAUGGAGGUGGACGAGAAGCCGACGGAGGAUUACCUGGACAUUGGAGGGUUGGAUAAGCAGAUUGAGGAGCUCAUUGAGGCCGUGGUGUUGCCGAUGAAACAGGCUGAAAAAUUCAAGGCCUUGGGCGUGAAACCUCCUAAAGGUGCUCUUAUGUAUGGGCCUCCAGGAACGGGUAAAACGCUUCUUGCACGAGCCUGUGCUGCCCAGUCGGGAGCGACGUUUUUGAAGUUGGCGGCGCCUCAGUUGGUGCAGAUGUUCAUUGGUGACGGUGCCAAGUUGGUGAGAGACGCAUUUGCCUUGGCCAAAGAGAAGGCGCCUACGAUUAUCUUUAUUGAUGAGUUGGACGCCAUUGGAACGAAGAGAUUCGAUUCAGAUAAAUCUGGUGACCGUGAAGUGCAGCGUACCAUGUUGGAGCUCUUGAACCAGUUGGACGGGUUCGGUUCCGACGAUAGAGUCAAGGUUUUGGCCGCCACCAACCGUGUGGACACUUUAGACCCAGCCCUUUUGCGUUCGGGCCGUUUGGAUAGGAAAAUCGAGUUCCCCUUGCCCUCCGAAGAAGCCCGUGAGUCUGUCCUCAAGAUCCACGCCAGAAAGCUCAACUGCGACCAUAACCUGAUCAACUGGAGAGAAUUGGCCCGUUCCACCGACGAGUUCAACGGCGCCCAGCUUAAAGCCGUCACCGUGGAAGCCGGCAUGAUUGCAUUGAGAAACGGCAAGUCCGUGAUCAAGCACGAAGACUUUGUUGAAGCCAUUGGCGAGGUCCAGGCCAGAAAGUCCAAGCUGGUCAACUUCUACGCAUAA